AUGGGUAUAGGCGCCGUCGCGGAGCCACUAGUUGUGGUGACCUUGCUCUUCGGAGGCACCUGGGUGAAUCGCAACAAAGAGUACAGAUUGUUCGGCCGACGAAGAGACCACACAACAUCCCCUCGAUCACCCUCGCAAGAUUCUGAGUCAGGACGUUCCUCCGUAUCAUCAAGCGAUUCACUGCUACCUGGUGUCGACGAGGUCCCGAAAUGGCGAACACGAGAGCUACGAGUCUUCGGUUUUCGGACAGAAGUCACAUCGCCCAACUCGAGAAGGUUCAAGGACUACUUCCUGAGCCGACUACUCAAGAAAUUCCCCUUCUUGGUUGAAGCAUGGUAUUGGGCUCUGAUCUACUGGGUCUACCAACUAGGCCGCGCUUUCAGUGCCGUAACAAUGCGCGAAGGCACCGUAAACGUCGCCCGCCGGCACGCCCUGCAACUAAUCCACCUCGAGCAAUCCCUCCACAUAUUCCGUGAACUCAGCGUGCAACACUGGUUCCUCCAACAACCCCUACUCCUCCACUGGACAAACCGGAUAUAUAGCUUCAUCCACAUCCCCGGCACCAUCCUCUUCCUCGUGUUUCUUUUCUUCUACACAACCAUGCAGAACCGCGUCGACCUCCCCUCGUACCGCCAACGAAAUCACAAGUCCACCUCUCCUUCGCGCAACGAACCGCACGGCAGUCCUGCGGGACCGAAACUCUACGAGGCGCGCCGCCGCACGAUGGCAACAUGCAAUCUCAUUGCCUUCAUCAUCUUCACGCUCUGGCCGUGCAUGCCACCGCGCCUACUCUCCGACCCAGACGUGCCCGGUGCCGUGGGCAAAGAAGCACGAAGCUUCGGGUUCGUAGACACAGUGCACGGCGCCGAGGGCGAGAGUAGCGUGUGGACCCAGAACAAGUUUUGCAACCAAUACGCUGCGAUGCCCUCGUUGCACUUUGGAUAUUCGCUUUUGAUUGGACUGACGAUUCUGUCGUUACCGUUAGCACCACAACAUCAGCGCUCGAGGGUCUUGAGCGUACGUACGCCAUUUGCGGGGAACACGCUUAGGCUUAGACUGCCGGGGGCGAGACGCCUCGCAUGCUUGGUUGUAGGAGUUGCGUACCCGACUAUCAUUCUCGUAGCCAUUGUUGCGACAGCGAAUCACUUCAUUCUCGAUGCUGUGGCGGGCGCGAUGGUGUGUGGACUGGCGUGGACAGGGAAUCGUGUGUUAUUGAAUCUGCUGCCUCUGGAGGAUUACUUUUUGUGGUGUGUUAGGAUUGACAAGCCGGAGAGGAGGGCGGUAUUGUUUGAGGUUGGCGAGGAUGAUGAGAGGGUGUUAAGGAAGGGUGUUGUUGUUCGAUGA